AUGGGGUUUCUUCACGUUGAUGCACUGGAACCGUCUGAAGGGAUGCUGGCCAUCGCCAAAGAGAAGGGUGUAUAUAAAAACUAUAUAUUAGAUAUCCUUGGUGGAAAGAAAUAUUCUAUAGGCACUGAUUUCUAUGACUGUUGUGUUGUAUCUGGUGGAAUGGGUGAAGGUCAUAUACCUUGUACAGGUAUUCUAGAGAUGAUACGUAUAGUUAAACCAGGAGGUAUCGUUGUCAUAGCAAUGAGAGAGGAAUAUUUAAACUAUGUGGAAGAAUAUCAGAAUAAGUUGGAACCAAUGAUGGAAGAAUUGGAGAAAGAAGGAGUCUGGGAAAAGAUCGACAGAAGUAUCUAUGAAAAUCAUUUCGUGGGGAAAACUGGAGUUUUAUUUCUCUAUAGAGUAAAGGAUAAGGGGGUAUCGGGUCGCUAAGUCGGUACUAAAUACAGGAUUGUUUGGGUUUUGUUUGGGUUGAACCAAAGAGGAAAUCUCAAAACAAGGUUUUUUUUGUCUAAUACCUAUUUUUUAAUUUAUUUUCUCAAAAUCCGUGAAUAAGUUCAAGCACCUCUCAACAAAAUACACCAAUUAUUUCAAGCACCUCAAUAACUACGUCAAUAAGUUCAAGCACGCCCUAUAA